AUGACCGGCUUUACCGUCAGCUACGCCGUGGCUUUGCUGCUCUUCCUCCCGACGCUCUAUGCUGUCUUGAGGAUGGUUUGGGUCUUGGCCGAGGAGGGCCCUGCCCGGAAGUGCAUGACCACCUUCUUCAUUCUGGGCCUUUCCCUCCCCCUCUACCCGUUGCUUGCGGCUCUCUUGCUGGCCUUGAUCUGGCUGAUUCUGGGCUUUGCAGUGCUCGUCGUCUCAACUUUUGGACCGGCGGCUUUGGGGCUUUUUGCACUCAUGCAGCUGUGGGAAGUCAUGGAGAACGUGAUGGAGCAGGAGAGGGCCAAGACGUCUCAGAUGCAAAGACGCAACAGCUCAGUGGAAGAUAUCACCUGCUGGGAGCUUCUUUGCGGCUUGCUGAUUGGCAUCCUAAGCUGCUGCAGCUUCGGCGUGCUAGCCUUUGCUUUGACGAUCCUGAAGUCACCGCUGGUGAUUCUUUCCGUCGUGCUCCGCUUUGUCUACGAGUCUUUGUGCCGUUGGCUGAUCCUGGUCCGUUGUGGGUGCCGACCUUUCUGUUGUUGCUGUGCCACGUCCGCUGUCGUCCCAGUGGGGGAAAGCCGGGAACCUCGAUCCGUUUCCCAGCUCCGCUCCGAGGGUUACUCUGCGAAGGAUCUGAAGGACCUGGGUGCGCGCGCCGGUGAUCUGUACGAUGCCGGCUUUACCAUCUGCGAGCUUCGCGAAGACGCGGAGUUCAGCACGAAUGACUUCGGUGCAGCAGGCUUAAUCGUAGAGCUGGAAUGGCACGAGCAAGGGGGUAGCUGGUUGUGGUGGUGGUUCCCCCUCAUCUUCCUCACAUGGCUGAGUGCAGUGGGUUGCCUUGUAUGUGCCAUGUUGCUGGUGGUGGUUUUGGUAGCACUCUCAAAGCUGAUUUUGGCAGUGGUCUGGCCAGCCUACAUCUCCGCAGGUUGGUUGCGCAUCUUGGCGCAAGCUCGACGAAGGCAAAGCGCGAGGACUUGCUGUGAGCCUUUGGUGCAAGGUUUGAAAGCUGGCUAUCAGGUUGUAUGGGCUGGGUCCAUGUUGACCAACGUCUGCAUGCUCAACAAAACGCUCGAGGCAAAGGUAACACUCGUGAGUCAAACGGUUCGCGAGUGCUUCGAAUUUGCCAGGGGAGACCGUACCGAGUUGUCGCCGAUUCUUCAAAGCUUGUCCAUCUUCCCUCCUGUGGUGGUUGGACUCUUCACAGACUCCUGGGACCUACGCCUGCGCAGCCUCGCCCGACAGCUCGGGGUGUCGGAAGAUGUCAUCCAAGAAGCCUGGCGUGGCUUGGGGCGCCAGAUGAUCCGGUUGGGCCGGGAAGCCCUGGAAUCGUGCCUCCUCACGGAGGACUUCGUGCAGGCCAUUCCUGCAGAGCUCUGCAUCGGUCUGCCGGCAAGAGCCAUGUUGGAGGCCGUGGAGCGCUCGCCCAGAGGGGAGCUGCUGCUAGUGGGAGGCUUGAGGAUUCUGGAACAUCAGAUUCCAAAGCUGAAGUUUGCGGAGAAGGUUUGGGGCCACUUCCGGCAAGCUCAAGAUGCACGGAUGCGGGUCCAAAUAGGUGCAGAUGUCCAUCGGCUGCUGUGCGCUGCCCUCUUGGCAGGCGGUGCAGAUCGGGAUGCUCUUCCUGCAGGACUGGCAGAGGCAAUGAGGGAGUAUGAGGAGCUGCCGAAAUCAGCCUAUGACGCUUGCCAAGCGAUUGUUCGGCCGCUGAUCGCCUUUGGCUUGGAGUGUGGCAGUCAACCCGAGUUUAAGAAGAAGUUGGAACUGGUGAUCCAAUCCAUGACAGAAGUGGAUUCAGAAGAGCUCGGUCAGUACUUGUACGCUGUGCCUCACACUUCGCAACAGCAUGGUCAGUACAUUUACGCUGUGCCCUACGCGGAGGAUGAUUUGGAGGCAGGCGGAUCGGAAUCGUCGGAAGGUACCGACAGCACCUAG